UUUUACACAUAUACCCCGCCCAUGGGUAUAAGCCGCACCCACGUAUAACCCAUGGGGAAUUGUAUUUUUGUAAAUAAAUCCAUGUAUACGCCGCACCCGCGUAUUCCCCGCGGCGGUGUAAACACAGGGAGGCGGCACAGCCCGGCCUGCCCUAGCAGCGGUGGCACAGCCCGUCCUGCCCGGGCCCAGCGGGGAGGCUACGCAGCCUAGCCCUCCAUGGCCCCAGCCCCCACAGCAGUGGCAGUGGAGCCCGGCCUGCCUAGGCCCAGCGGGGAAGCAGCGCAGCCUGCCCCGGCCCAGGCCCCCUCAGCGGCCCCGGCGGCAGUGGCAGCACAGCCCUGCCUGGCCGGGGCCCAGCGUGGAGGCAGCGCAGCCGGUCCUGGCCUCCGCGGCAACAGUGGCACAGCCCGGCCCGGCCCCGGUCCCCUCAGCGGCGGCGCAGCCCAGCCUGCCCCUGGCCCUGGCGGCAGCAGCAGCACAGCCCGGCCUGCCCAGGGCCCAGCGGGGAGGUGGCACAGCCGGUCCCGGUCUCCGCGGCAACGGUGGCACAGCCCGGCCUGCCUGGGCCCAGCGGGGAGCGGCGUGGCGCAGCCCGGGCCGCCCUGGCCCUGGCUCCGUCCCCCUGCGGCGGCGCAGCCGGCCCCCACAGCAGCGGCGCAGCCCGGCCCCAGUCCCCAUGGCGGUGGUGGCGCAGCCGGGCCCCGGCCCUGACCCUGCGGGGGAAAAAAGUUUGUGGAUAGCCCGCACCCAUCCAUUUAUUUAUUUUUAUUAUUAUUAUUAUUAUUAUUUUGCAAAAUCGAGUAUACACCGCGGGGUAUAUGCGCGAAAAUACGGUAAUUAAAAUUAAUCCCAUAACAUUGAGGGAACCACACUACUAGUUUCUGAUAUUUGUUUGCACUUUUCUUGGUCUUCUAUGCACCAUUUGCGUGUUAUUUUACAUGGAAAAUAUAUGACAUGGGAAAUAUUAAAAACCUCAGCACUGCAAAAAGAUUCUGAAAGCAAGUUAUUUUAAAAAAAUGUUUCCUUGUGCUUUGGGGUUGGACAGAAGAAAUAACAGAACUUCAUCUCUGAUCACUGGGAAUGGAUUCUUGUCCAAUGUGCUAACUAGCCUAAUAAUAUCAUGAUAUGGUUGGCUCCGUCUAACUGCUAAAUUCAGCUAUAGAAAGAGCUAAUUAUAUGAGUAGCAACAAUUCCCUUAUCUAUCAUGAACACUUGCUGCUGUUAACUGCAUUUCAAUGUGCUGAAGAUGACAAAGACAAUUAAAAUUGUAACCUAAGUGUGUGGGGGUUUUUUUCUGGAAGUAGUUUUUACACAUUUCAAAUCUGCUAAAACAGCCCUGGAGCAGGUGAUGUUAGAAGGUGUUUUGAGUUGUUAUUGUCAAAGGAACAUCACAUGCUCUUGUUUAUAUACUGAUUACUUUUUCAGGAGAGUUUUGCUAAAUUCUUGCUUACUUACUAUUCUCUUUCAGUUCUUAUACCACACUCCUAACUUGGACCUGGACCUUGCCACUGUAAAACUGACUGAAGAAGUCCUGAAGAUUGAUGGAGGGCCAUGCUAUUCAAACAGCAGGCGUUGCUGAGACAGAAGCUCUUUGUGCUAGGCAGCCUUGCUAUUGGAAGUCUCCUAUAUCUAGUUGCCAGAGUUGGGAGCUUGGAUAGACUGCAACCCAUAUGUCCCAUUGAUGGUCGAUUUGGACCCCAUGGCCAAGAUGAAAUCCCACUCCGAGCUCUGCAAUUCAAGCGUGGGCUGCUGCACGAGUUCCGUAAAGGCAAUGCCACAAAGGAGCAAAUACGACUUCACAAUUUGGUGCAGCAGCUUCCCAAGGCCAUUAUAAUUGGGGUGCGGAAAGGAGGUACCCGAGCACUGCUUGAGAUGCUGAACCUCCAUCCCGCAGUUGUCAAAGCUUCUCAAGAAAUUCACUUCUUUGACAAUGAUGAAAACUAUGCCAAGGGGAUUGAGUGGUACAGGAAAAAAAUGCCUUUUUCUUACCCUCAUCAAAUAACAAUUGAGAAAAGCCCUGCAUAUUUUAUCACAGAAGAGGUACCUGAAAGGAUUUAUAAAAUGAACUCAUCCAUCAAAUUACUGAUCAUUGUCAGGGAACCUACAACAAGAGCUAUUUCUGAUUACACUCAGGUGCUGGAAGGGAAGGAAAGAAAGAAUAAAACCUACUACAAAUUUGAGAAGCUGGCUAUUGAUCCUACUACCUGUGAAGUGAACACUAAGUAUAAGGCAGUAAGAACCAGCAUCUACACAAAACAUCUGGAGAGAUGGUUAAAAUACUUUCCUAUCGAGCAGUUUCAUAUUGUAGAUGGAGAUCGGCUCAUUACAGAACCACUGCCAGAACUGCAGCUGGUGGAGAAGUUCCUAAAUCUUCCUUCAAGGAUAAGUCAAUACAAUUUAUACUUCAAUGCCACCAGAGGGUUUUACUGCUUGCGAUUUAACAUUGUCUUUAACAAGUGCCUGGCGGGUAGCAAGGGACGCAUACAUCCAGAGGUGGAUCCCUCUGUAAUUACCAAAUUGCGCAAGUUCUUUCAUCCUUUUAAUCAAAAAUUUUACCAGAUCACUGGGAGGACAUUUAACUGGCCCUAAACUAAAUUUCAUACAACACUAUGUGUUGCACCUGGAGACAGGCAACAAUGUCUCCCCUAGAAUAAAAAAAUAUGCACUUUUCAUAGACAUAGCUAUCAAAGUAACUUUUUUCAUGCAUACUUGUCCAUAUGCAGUGUGUGACCAAAUAUAAGGUGGGAUCAGUUUUUCUACAGAGUAGUAACUAAUGUAAAUCUACUCUCUACAGAGUUGCAUCAUUUUAAGCUAUACAAGUAAAGGGAAAGCGAGUACUGGGGGGAAUAAAUUCACAUGCAACUAUAAGGGUCAGUGUUCCUCUUGCUCAAUACAGUUGAUUAUGUGACACACUGAUCAACCCAGGCAGAGUGUCAGUUUAGAGCGUACAAAUUCACAUGAGAUUCUGAGAAGCUGUGAGGAUAUAUCAGAAGGUACCAUAUUCAGGCCAUAGGAGGGAUGCACACUGCUAAAGGAAUACUGACACUUUAAAUAAAAUGCUGAAUUGUUACAAUGAAACUGGAUAAUACUAUUUUCUUAUUAUUUGAAAGGAAUAUCUUAUCUCAUACAAACAACAUUGUUUCAAAGUUCCCGUGGUGAGUUUGCACUAUUGUUUUAUUGUAUGGACCACAGUGUCAUUUGUAGCAUGUCAAUCAUGUGUCCGAAGAAGUCAAAUACUUUUUUCUUCUAUACUUGUGUGUCAACAAAGAGAAACAUCAUGUAUAUAGUGUAUAUUGUUUGUAAAUACUGGUUUCACGCUAAGUAAUUCUAUUUUGUAAACUGAAUAUGGCUAUUUAAUUUAUUGUGAAAAUUAAAUUUAUUGUGGUAUUUAAAAUGGAAUGAAUUAAAAUUACUAUAUGUGCAACUAUUUUUUACCUUAUGUUUGAUGUAUAUUGGGAUUGUUCUACAGGCCAGACAAAUUGCAUGCAUGUGUGUGUGUUUGUGAGAGAGAGAUGGAGAGCACUACACUUACAAACCUGAUUUCUAGACAGUUGAGAAAACUGAUAUACGAGGUGACGUUGAGUUUAUUAAAAAGCCCAACCAUCUGGAAAUCUAGUGUAAUACACACCUCAAAGAACAUUACUGCUGUUCAGUUAGAGCGCUUUGCAGUAAUUAAUUCAGUUGCAGUUGCCCACCAGGCUGAAGAAUGACAGUGAAAGAUGACUAUAACCAGGUAUAUCAGAAGAGCAAAGCAGUCAUUUAAAACUAAAAUGACAGACAGACAAACAGAAUUAGAAGAGUUAUAGGGUUAUAGUGUAUGCUGAUGUUUAAGAAACAAAAUGUUUGUGAUACUCUUGCUUUUAAGUGAAAAUGUACUUGCCUGCUUAGAAACAAACAAGCUAUAGAAUCGCUGUUACUGAUAUAGAUGUACAGAGAUCAUGCCUCAAUUCAGGAAAUGAAAGAAAACUAGUUUUGACAUGGAUUUCUU